AUGUCUCAUUCCCGAACCCCUUCUAAAACCGAACUCCCGACGCGAGAAAAAGAUAUGACGGCCGAGAUAGGACCCAAAAAGGAUCACAAGGACAAACCUGAAAAGCCCAUGGGCAAGGCUGAAGCAAAGAUGCCUCAAGCCAAGGGAGGAAAGAAAAAGAAGAUGGAAGGAGCUGCGUUAAUUGGCAUCGAUGUGUCGAAAGAUGUCGACUUCGCGGAGUGGUAUCAGCAAGUCUUGCUCAAGGGAGAUAUGCUCGACUACUACGAUAUUUCCGGGUGCUAUAUCCUCAAACCGGCCUCACAAUUCAUCUGGGAUGAAGUUCGCGCAUGGUUUGACGCGAGGAUCAAGAAGAUGGGAGUCAAGAACUGCUCGUUUCCCCUAUUUGUCUCUGAAGACGUCUUGAAUCGCGAAAAGGACCAUAUCGAAGGAUUUGCGGCUGAGGUGGCGUGGGUGACACACGGCGGCAGCACCAAACUGGAGAAGAAAAUCGCCAUUCGUCCAACCUCCGAGACAGUCAUGUAUCCUUACUAUGCCAAAUGGAUCCAAAGUCACCGUGACUUGCCUCUCAAACUCAAUCAAUGGAACUCCGUCGUGCGAUGGGAGUUCAAACAUCCCCAGCCAUUCCUACGAACACGAGAAUUUCACUGGCAAGAAGGCCAUACCGCCCAUUUGACGGAAGAGGAGGCCGGCAAAGAAGUUCUGGAGAUUCUCGAGCUCUAUGCCGGUGUCUAUGAACAACUUCUGGCUGUCCCCGUCAUCAGGGGAAGAAAGACGGACAAAGAGAGAUUUGCGGGCGGGCUGUACACCACUACGGUGGAAGGAUACAUUCCCGCGACCGGGCGUGGCAUACAAGGUGGGACAUCGCACUGCUUAGGUCAAAACUUCAGCAAAAUGUUCGGCAUCACGGUGCAAGAUCCGAAUGCAAAGACAGAGGAGGAGAAGAAGAACAGCUUGUUCGUCUGGCAGAACUCUUGGGGUCUGUCCACCCGAGUUAUCGGCGUGAUGGUCAUGAUCCAUGGAGACGAUCGUGGCUUAGUGCUCCCACCACGGGUGGUGGAAAUCCAAGUGAUCAUUGUUCCCGUGGGCGUGACCGCCAAGACGACCGACGAGGAGAGAGACGCGUUGUACAAGGAAAUUGAGGGUCUGAGAGAAUUGUUGAAGGCGGUCGGGGUUCGAGCAGAAGCGGAUUUCCGUGAGGGUUAUUCUCCAGGAUGGAAGUUCAACGACUGGGAGCUCAAGGGUGUUCCACUUCGCCUUGAAUUCGGACCGGGAGAAAGCAAGGGUCACUAUGUGACCGCUUCUCGACGAGAUCUUCCCAAGGCGGAGAGCAAGAGUCAAAUUGCCAUCAGUGAGCUCAAUGCGGCCGUUCCAGAUCUCCUCGAGACGAUCCAGAGAGACCUGUACAAUCGGGCCGAUGUCAAGUACAAGUCACAUGUGAAGAAGAUCACCCACUGGGACGAUUUCGUUCCGGCCCUAAACGACAAGAAUGUCAUCCUGUUGCCCCAUUGUCUGACGGAGGAGUGCGAGGAUCAGAUCAAGGAAAUGAGCGCCCGCAAGGCCGAGGAGCAGAGCGGUGUGGCCCAAGAUGAACGCGCGCCGAGUAUGGGAGCAAAGAGUCUUUGUAUUCCAUUCGAUCAGCCAGAAGGUGUGGAAAAGGGCGUGACCAAAUGCGGGAAUCCGAAAUGCUCGAAUAUGGCACAGGCCUGGUGCAUGUUCGGCCGGUCAUAUUGA